CUUCUGAUCUGCAUGUUUUUGAGAAUAAGCUCUGGCCUCAUUUUUCUUUUUUUUUUGUUGUUGUUUCUUUGGUGGGGUUGUUUCAGUUUAGCUUCUGAGGUUACAAGAGUUGGGCUUUGCUCAGCUUCUCAGGCCACAAGGAUUUAGCCUUUGGUAAUUUGGUACUUGUAGUUGGUUUCUCUUUGUGCUGGUUUGUGUUUGAACACAUUUCCUCACGUGGGUGUUUUGAGUCUUUGUGGUGAAGAUUGAAUUCUUAUGCUCAAAAUCUUGAAUUUGUCAGCCUAGCUUCUCAGGCCACGAGACUUUUAACUUUUGGUGAUGGGGAGAGACGUUACAGGUUUUCGUACAGAAAAGAGACCUAGUGGUAAGCCAAAUGGUGUCGCCCAUGGCACAGUUCAUGUUGCCCCCAGAAUCGCUAUGGAAAGGGUUGAAGCAAAGGAUUAUGAGGCAGAGGAUCACGCUGCAAAAGACACACACGUGGAGGAAUCCCAUGAGAAGCAGGAUGUACUAUCUGUGAAAAGCACCAACUGUGAACCUGAUCCGACUGAGGGAAAAAUUGCAAAGACUGAGGCCAUGAAGUCCAGUGACAAGAAGUUGGGCUCACCAUUGAAGCCAUCAUCUGAUUCUACUGCUGCAACUGAAAUUCAAGCCCCUCCGGUCAUGAAUUCAUCAGCGAAUAAAUCUGAAAAUCAUGAAAAUGGCGCUCAGACUGUUGAUGCUGUCUCGAAUUGUUCAUCGAAGGACAUGGAUCUGCACUCUCCUAUGACUUCACAGAAAUUGCACCAAAAUUAUCCCAUGAUGUCAAGGAAACUGCGGAUUCAAGAUGAAGACGAUAACUGGUCCAUGGCUUCCUCAACUGCAGCUUCUGUGCGGACAGUAAAGUCCAAGGUUACUGUUCCUGUAGCUCCAUCAUUUAAAUGUUCUGAACGCUCAGCGAGACGUAAAGAGUAUUACACAAAGUUAGAGGAAAAGCACAAAGCUCUGGAGGCGGAGAAACAAGAAUAUGCAGCCAGAACAAAGGAGGAGGAAGAAGCAGCAAUAAAGCAGCUUAGAAAGGCCAUGACCUACAGAGCAAAUCCGGUUCCUAGCUUUUACCGUGAAGGGCCACCUCCAAAGCCUGAACUUAAGAAGCUGCCAGUCACUCGUGCCAAAUCACCAAAUCUAACCCGUAGAAAGAGCUGUAGUGAUGCAGUUGCAGCAUCUCCUGAAGAAAAGAAAGCUUCUGCAAGGUGUCGUCACAGCACUGGUGUUUACAAACAAGGCAGUCCUAGCCCAACCACCCCCAAAAGCAAAGAUCGUGUGACUGGUCGGCUCAGUAAUGGAGCUCUCAGAGCCAAAGAACCUACCAAGUUGGUGAAAGCAAAAAAAGAAUCCCCUUUGAAAGAAACUCCAAUUAAGGAGAUAAAGGAAACUCCAGUUGCGCAGUCAAACGGAACUCCAAUGCAAGAGACGGAGGAAGAAGCUCCGAUGAAGGUGAAAAACGAAGCUUCUGUUAAGGAGAUAAAGGAAAUUCCCGUCAUAGAGACGGAGGCGGCUUCUCAUACAAUGACAGAGCAUGUGACUGAAGAUACUGCUGCUCAAUCAUGGAGUAAUUAGUCCUCUUCUUUUACAUUUCCCUUUUUCUUCUUAUUCGUUUUCUUUUUUUUUUUUUUAAUCAUCGAAUCGAGAUGUUCCAGGGAAGGUCAAAUUGAUCCUCCUCCUUUCUUCUCGGCAAUGACUUGUUGAAGUGAUGCUUUUUAAUCUGUAUUGUAUAUUAUAUGUAACUUUCGUUUGGUACAUAUGUUACAUAGAAAAGAGUCUCUUGUUGAACAUUUUUUGUUUAUAAACAUAACUUUAAGACAGUUUGUGCUGGACGGCGCUAAGUAA